AUUGUAUCAUUGUAUGUAAUCCGGAUAGUGACCUCUAAAUUAGAUACACUGGUUUGGACUUCUUGUUGAAACUCAAUCAGAGAUUCAAUUGCAAUAGUUUUAAUGAUGAACCAUUUUCGAAAGCUCAAUCUUCUCAUUUUACCUCAAAUUUCCAUCCCAAAAUUUCCCAAAUUUGCACCCUUUUCAAACAUCCCAACUCCCCAAAGUUUCAAUCUUUCAAACUCCCUCCCGCAAACCCAAUACAGAAAGCAGAUUUCACUUGCCAAUCUUUUGCAGAGGUAUGGUUUCCCCUCUUCUGAACUUCAUACUUUUCUUACCAAGAACACAUUUUUAUCGAAUUCGAAUGUAUCAGAAAUUGAACAAUCUUUGGGAAUUUUAUUAUUGUCAUUUAAAUUGCAGCAAAAUUUGAUUGUUUCAUUGGUUUAUGGAUGUCCUAGUGUUUUAGAAUUGGGAUUUUUGAAGAAAUGGGAAGUGGGUAUUGCUUCUUUGGGGCAAUUGGCUAGUUCUCCUAGGGUAAUUACGAGCAUUCUUGAGUUUUCUAGACGGUUUCAGAUUCACCCAGAUAGAUUUUCUAGUUGUGUUCAGAUUUUGAAGGGUUUAGGGUUUAGUGAUGACACCAUAAUCAGGGUUUUAGAGGGUUUUCCGGGGAUAAUUAUGAUCGAUGAGAACGAACUUCGGAAGAGGAUGGACUUUUGGAUUAUAGUAGGUUUCAAAACAGAAGCCAUUGAUAAGAUUUUCCGUUCUUUUCCAGGGGUUUUAGGGUUUCAGGUAGAGAAUAGGUUGAAGCCUCUGGUAGAUGAGUUCUUGGAAAUGGGUUUUGGAAGGCGUUGUGUGAGAGAAGAGAUCAUUAAAGAACCAAGAAUUCUUAGUAUGGAGCUUGGGGAGCUGCGGCGGUGUUUGGAAUUGCUUCGGAAGAUGAGGUGUCGAGAACCGAUCAAAGAAAAGAUAUUCAGCGAGGGGGAGUUCAAAGCUGGAUUUGCUGUUAAGCUGAGAGUUGAUUGCUUGUGUAGAUACGGGUUGAUCCGGAGAGAUGCUUUGAACAUAUUGAAAAGAGAACCAAGGUCAAUCACAUAUGACAUUGAGGACAUUGAAAGUAAAAUUGAGUUUCUUUUGGAGAGGAUGAAAUUUGAUGUUGAAAGUUUGAUGGAGGUCCCUGAGUAUUUGGGGGUGAAUUUUGAUAAACAGAUUGUUCCUAGGUAUAAUGUGAUUGAGCAUUUGAAAUCGAUAGGCGGGCUUGGUUUUGAGAUAGGGUUGAGGGAUAUUAUAAAGCCAACUAGGGUGAGAUUCUACAACCUCUAUGUAAAGCCAUAUCCUGAAUGUGAAAAGAUGUAUGGCAGAUUUUCUGAAUGUGUUGACAAUGAAAAGAAGACUCGGCAUCCUGUUGGACUAUGGAAACACUUCAUGCCUCCAAAAGUCCCGGAGUCAAAGGAAGAUAUGAAGAACAUAAAAUCAUUCACGGAAUUAUUAGUUUGACGUUGAAGCCUAAGGUGUUUUUGCUUCGUGAUGACCAAUUUCUCUGAUCACAUUCUGAGCUCCUGUUGUUUGGUUAACAUUAAAAAUCAUGGAAAGUGUAAUUUCCUAGGAAGUGGAACAUUGUGGUGUUGUUUGGUUUACAAUAACAUGGGAAGUCACACUUCCUAGGAACUUCCACUUCCCUCAAAAUGGAGGAAGUUGCUUACCUAGGUCCCAUAGGUAAGUGGAACUUCCUACAAAAAGUUACUUAUCAUGUUCAACCAAACAACAUUUCCUACUUCCUAGGAAAUGCCAAAUACAUGGGAAAUCUCCUUCCUAUGAACUUGUACUUCCUACUGUCUACCAAACGAUACCUUGGGAUGUAUGAUGUUCAGCAAUCAGCAGAGAGAAACCGUUCAUGUAGACAACCCGAGAAUAGGAAAGGAGAUUGGUACUGCAUAUAAUGUGGUCAACUGGACAUCAAUGCAGAGUUCCAAAUUCUGGUUUGCUGUUGAAUGUCAUGGCAGCUGUUUGACUUUGGUACUGUUAUUGCUUUCUGACCUGUAAUCUGUGCAGCUGCCGUGUCUUUGUCAAAGCUCAAGUCUGCCAUUAUAAAUGAUCGAGCUGCUUCAGCAUAUGUUUGCAUACAUCAGAGCCUAGGAGGAAGACAUGAAAAACACUGAAGCCAUUUGCUGAAAUUUUCAAUAGAGAAGUCUGAUAAGUCUUAUCCGUCUCAUGUGAGAAGCUGGGUGUGUGAUGUUCAACUAGAGCAAAGCAGAGCGAGGCUGGUAUUACACACACUUGAAAAUUGGAUGAAUCCGGGUUUGAUUGCAAUAGCUGUUUCUGUUCGACCUCUAGUCUGCACAGUUAUGUCUCUUUGUUAAUGACUGAUCACAACACAUAUAAAUAGGUCAAAUAACUGGAGAAUAUGUCGGCACAAGUUCCCUUUGUCUUGGCCACUCGCCUCCUUGUUUUUAUAAUUUGUUUUAAUCAAUAUGGAGUAGCUAGUUUAUGUACCAAUUUAUUGUAUCGUAUAUACUCCAUUUUCCAUCUUUUACCUUAAAUAGCAAAUAUGGUAUUGACAUUUUAAUCUGAAACCAUUUCAUUUCAUUGCAAAUGGAUGUGACUUGUGAUGCGAUAA